UGCCCCUGCCUGAAGAGCCUCACUCUUUCUCGUAAUGGCGGGGUGGGAUGACUUCACUGUCAAACGUGAUGAUCUCUGCAGUUUCUGCAUCCGAUGUCUGGAGGCGGCUGGCGCCAGGACAGAGCACGCCACGUGUUUGACAGAGGUACUGGUGAUGGCUGACUACAGAGGUCACUACAGCCAUGGCCUCAACCGUCUAGAGAGCUACCUACAUGAUAUCGUGUCGGGAAUGACGUCAGCACAAGACGAACCCGAGGUUGUGAAGGAAACGGUGUCAACAGCUCUUGUAGAUGGCAAGAAUGUGCUAGGUCCCGUUGUUGGCAGGUUCUGCAUGGACCUCGCAAUACAGAAGGCCAAGGAGACGGGGAUCGGAUGGGUGACAGCCAGAGCAUCAAACCACUUUGGAAUCGCUGGCUGGUACGGCCUUCGUGCAAUGGAGCAAGGGUUAAUUGGGAUGGCUUUCUGUAACACCUCGCCAAAUUUGGUUCCUACACGUGCAAGAGAGAAAUCACUUGGGACCAAUCCUAUUUGUGUGGCAGCACCGUGUAACCAUGGUGACAGUUUUGUGCUUGACAUGGCAACGACGGGUGUGGCACAAGGAAAGGUAGAAAUGAAACACCGACUGGGACAGGAUCUUCCACAUGGCUGGGGCGUGGACGAAACUGGGCAGCCAUCCACUGACACCCGCCGUGUGCUACACCAGGGUGGAUUACUGCCCCUUGGGGGCACAGAGGACACCAGUGGGUACAAGGGGUUUGGUCUGGCCAUGAUGGUGGAGAUAUUUUGCGGCAUCCUCAGCGGAUCUGACUUUGGACCAUUCAUCAGACAUUGGUCAUCUCAUGCCAAGCAAGCCAAUCUGGGCCAGUGUUUCGUUGCCAUCGACCCAAGUUCUUUUGCGCCAGGAUUUGAAGACAGACUGAGUCAGCUCAUGGACCACUGCAGAGGACUGGAGCCGGCGGACGGAGAAACGGAAGUGCUGGUUGCUGGAGAUCCGGAGCGCAAACACAUGCAAUUAUGCGACAGUCUCGGAGGAAUACCUUACCAUGGUAAUCAAAUGAAGUUUGCGGAUGACGUGGCAGCCAAAUAUAAAGUUGACCCACUCAGGAAAAGCAAACAAAGAAACAGCAUAUAAGAAACCAUAUCUCCUUUGCCUAAUAAAUGGAUAUCGUAGUGAUGAGUGCUAAUAUGAAAAUUGUUUAAAUUGGAAAACCAGGUGAAAAAUUGACUUGCUUUUGCAUGUGUUUGUGACGGGUGACGCCGGUGGGACAGGUAACGCUCACAUCUUCGCGAACACCUGGUAUCAUCCUUAUCUGAUAUUGAUUCAUAAACACACGCUCAUCGUAUAUUAAGAAUUGUACAAUAGACUGCUUUUGGCACAAAUUUCUCAGGAAUUUAUUGUUUAACAAUGUUGCAAUUGUAUAACUUUGUUUCUGUUAGGAUUAAAAUUCUGGAAAUUAGUAAUUAGUUGUCAGGAAUGUAGUACUAUCUAAUAACCAUGUUAUAACACAAUAUUGCAGCUAUAUGACGGCGGUCUGUAAAUAAUCGAGUCUGGACCAGACAAUCGAGUGCUUGACAUCAUGAGCAUCGAUACACGCAAUUGGGAUACGUUGACAUGCAUCAACCAAGUCAGCG